AUGGCCGCCGCGCUGGGGCACGAUAUCCAUUUCCGCGAUAAGAGAAUUGCUCUACUGGAGGCUGGAGCCAGGAAGGAGCCCGGCCGCUUGCCGGCUGCGUACAGCAACAGGGUGAGCUCCAUCUCGCCCGGCUCCGCAGCGCUCCUGGGCAGUUUUGGUGCCUGGGAUCAUGUCUGCAGCCUGAGAUUCAAAUCAUUUCGACGAAUGCAGGUGUGGGAUGCUUGUUCGGAAGCCAUGAUCAGCUUUGAGAGGGACAACUUGGAGGACAUGGGUUACAUAGUGGAGAACGAUGUCAUUAUGGCUGCGCUCACAAAACAGCUGGAGGUGGUAGCAGAGCGGGUGGAGGUUUUCUACAGGAGCAGAGCAGUGGGCUACACCUGGCCCCUUCCCCAGCAUGGCUGUGACACGAGCCCCUGGGUCCAAAUCGAGUUAGCUGAUGGCCGCAGACUUCAGACGAAGCUGCUGAUUGGUGCAGACGGCCAUAACUCCAUGGUCCGGAAGGAAGCUGAAAUUCUGAACAUGGAGCAUCAGUACGACCAGUCAGCUGUGGUGGCCACUCUUCACUUGUCUGAGGCCACAGACAAUAACGUAGCUUGGCAGAGGUUCCUUCCCACAGGGCCAAUUGCGCUUCUCCCGCUCUCUGACACUGCCAGCUCUCUGGUUUGGUCUACAUCACACGAACAUGCCUCAGAACUCCUCGCUAUGGAUGAGGAACGUUUUGUUGACAGCAUCAACUCGGCCUUUUGGAGCAACAUAAACCAUACUGAUUUCAUUGACGCUGCUGGGGCCAUGUUUCGAUCUGCUGUUUCAGUCCUGAGGCCUUCGGGCACUGCCGUCCGCCAGCUGCCCCCAAGCGUUGCCAAAGUAGAUCCCGAAAGCCGAGCUCUGUUUCCUCUUGGAGUGGGGCACGCGACGCAGUAUGUGCAGCACCGUGUGGCCCUCAUCGGGGAUGCAGCACACAGAGUCCACCCACUUGCAGGACAAGGUGUGAACCUGGGCUUUGGUGAUGUUGCGUGUUUAACACAGCACCUCAGCGCAGCAGCCUUUGACGGCAAAGACCUGGGCUCCCUAAAACAUCUAUUGCAAUUUGAGACAGCACGCCAGAGGCACAACGUCUCUUUGAUGGCCGUGACUGACGUGCUGAAGCGGCUCUACUCCACAACGCUGGCUCCUGUGGUGCUGCUGAGGACGUGGGGGCUGCAAGCGACCAACGCGCUGCCUCCUCUCAAGGAGCAAAUCAUGGCUUUUGCCAGUAAAUGAUCUCUUGUCAUUUUGAAACUGCAGUUUGUCAGUG